AUGAAUAUUGAAAAUAUAACAGAAUCAAGUGAAGAGGAAAUAAGACCAAAUGUAACAAAAAACGAAUUCGUUAAAGUACUAAGUGAAUUUAAAUGAUUAAGCAAGGUAAAGAGUCAGAAAUGAAUAACAUCUCAGCAGAAUUAUUAAAAAACAUUUGAUAAAAUACCGAGUGUAAUUUAUUUUAAAUGAUUGAGGAAACGUAUAGGGAUUUCAACGUUCUAGAGGGCAUUGCCAAAGUUGGUUUCUAAAAUGCGAAAUAUACCUAACAGCUGUCAUUAUGUUUUUUUUAAAUUUGGCGCGCUUUUAUACGAACAUUUUUUGAAACCCUGACGAGAAUUGUCCACGGGUCGCGCUUCGAUCGAGUGCCUAGUGUUGUGAAACCGACUAUAGGAAUUAAUAAUAGAACAAAGAAUAGUUAUAGCAAAAAAAAACCGUUGCUUACAAACAAAAAACUUAAUAUAAAAAUGUAAGAAGUUGUUGUUGAAUGCAAUGUAUGGAGCGUACUAUAUGGUUAUGAAACAUAGACCAUCAAUGAACAGGGCAAGAAGUUGGUAGCAAUGGAAAUGUGGUCGGGGAGAAGUUUGUUGAAAUUAAACAAUAGAAAUGAAAAGUAACAAAGAUAUAUUGGAGAAAAAAGAAUUUUGUUGAACAUUAUAAAAGAAAGAAGCGAAAAAAUAUUUAGUCCCCUACACAACCCGUUUAUGACAAAUGUAUUUGAAGGACGAAUAAUCGGACAUAAGGAGAGAGGCAGACUGAGAAAUUCAUAUAUAGAAGAAAUUAUACUGUACUCGAUAUGUUGAAAUAAAAAGACUGGUAUUUAAAAGAGAGGAGAGGAGAACUAAGUUUUCAAUGAGGUUAGGCUUCUCGCAUAGAAGAAGAAGAAGAAACAUCUGGACAGCGAUCUUACAACAAACUUCCAACGGACGUGAAAUGGAAUACCCGAGGUAAGUGAUAUUAUCAUAUUUUUUUAUAAUACGAUAUGAAGUAGAUUAGAUAUGAACGAAAUAAACACCAAAUCACUGUGAUAAGUGGUAGCCGGUCGCUACUACUUAUCCGACAGCUCUUUAUUUUUCCGUUUUUUUUCUUUUUAUUCAACUAGAAAUACAAAUACAAAAAACACGGAAUUCAAUUAUAGCUGUUAGUUAACAGCUAUAAUUCUAAUUCGUAAAUAAUAAAUAAUUAAUUGCUUUAAUAAUCGUUCGCUAUUUAUUUAUAAAUAAAAAUUAUAAAGGAUCAAAACACAGAAGAACCCAGCCCACAUCUUUGAAUAGUUAUCACCAGGAAACAGUAACAGGAGAAUAUGAACAAACUACUUUAUCAGUUGGUGAUUUUUGGAAAAUAUCUUUAUAUUUUCUAAUAAUUUAUACAGUGAUUGCUAAUCUUAAAUAUAAAAUUUCAGAGAAAAACUUAUCAAUAGCUAAUUCAGUUGAUAAUUAUAGGAGUUUAAACAAUAAUGGAAAUCAUAAGUUCAUCAAUCAUAAGGUGAAAACAAUUAAAAAAUUAAUUUUAAUCAUUAAAUAAACAAUAAUUUUUUUUUUUUUUUUUUAUAGGAUAUUUUGGUUGUAAAGAUUAAUGUGUUAAUAGCUGAAAUGAUAAUGACAAUUAUAUAUUCUGUAAGCUCUGCUACUUACGAGCGAAGUUUUUCGACAACGGAGAAAAUAAAGAACUGGUCAAGAUCAAAAAUGCUUCAACAUAGAUUUUCUGAUUUAUUUCUGCUAAACAUUGUAACUAUGUUGAACAACUAUUAUAUGAAACACAGUGGAUUUAAAAUGUAA